UUUACUGUGAAAGGUCAAACAGGAAACGCUUAUUUUAAAGAUGGCGGCGGCUCUUCACGCCGCGAACAGUUCUGUGUUUUUCGCGCCGUUUUGUCGGUUUGCUGCCGGUGAUCUCGCGCAGAAAGCUUCGGUUUAGACGACAUGCGGAGCGCGUUCCCGCACAGACUGACCGGAUGCGGCGCGUGAACCGGACGUUGGUUUUAUCGCUGCUGAUCGUCAGCAGCUCGGUGUUCCUGCUGUUUCAGCUGCACUACUACCGGAAAUACGUCAGCAAGCCUGGCCCUCACAUCCUGAGCCGAACAGGUCACCUGACCGCCAGCGAUGUCCAGUGGCAAACAGUGAAGAAGUUUGUGGCGUUGGCGCAGCACUUCAGGCUGCCGCUGUUCCUCGCCGACACCGCCGCGCUGACACUGCUGUCCCAGGAUGCUUUGCUGCAGCGCGACCGGCUGGUGCGAGAGCCGCACUGCAGCUUCCUGUGCUCUGGCCGGCCAAUCACGUCCUUCGCUCUGCAUGCCAACCUGUGGAAGUACGAUCCCGGCUUCCUAUUGGCUGCCGAGCAGAAAGGCUUUGAGUUCCUGGAGCUGCGAGGAGAGGACCCACGAUUGGCCAGUUUGGACACCCUAUCAGGAGAGGACAUCCCCUUGCACUUCCUGCUUCGCCUCCACGGUUACAUCAUCCAGGUGGUGUUCCUUUACGAGCGUAGUGGGAACUACCUGUGGCACGGAGCGCUACGCCUCAAAGCAAACAUGGACCGAAGUUUCGCUCCUUUCAAACUGCUUGACUACGGACGCCACGCCGGAUCCUACGACAGGCCGGAAUUGGUCCUGACGGUGCUGGACGGCCUCGACGUUCGAAUCCCGCGCAACGUUUCCCGCUUCCUGUCUGAGCAGCGACACGCCCGCUUCCUGGAGUGCCGUUACCGUGACGCCCGCAACUUCCUGCAGCUCUACCCUGAUGACUCGUCUCCGGACGCCGUGGACUUUCGGCAAAAAGUGAAAUCUUUGCUUCAUUUGGCUGCUCGAACACUCGCUCACCUCGACAUCCCGUUCUGGCUCAGCAGCGGCACCUGUCUGGGCUGGUUCAGGCAGUGCAGUAUUAUCUCGUACAGUCGGGACGUCGACAUCGGGAUUUUCAUCGUGGACUUCAGGCCCGACAUCGUCGCAGCGUUCAGGGACGCCGGCCUGUCACUCAAACACAAGUUUGGAAAGGUGGAGGACAGUCUGGAACUUUCCUUUCUGAGCGACAACGUCAAACUCGACAUUUUCUUUUUCUACGAGGACGGAGACGUCGUCUGGAACGGAGGAACGCAGGCGAAGAGCGGCAAAAAGUUCAAGUACAUCUUCCCUCGUUUCUCGCUCUGCUGGGCGGAGCUUCUCGAGCUGAAAGUUCGAGUCCCGUGUGAAACACUCGACUAUGUGAUGGCGAACUACGGCGCCUCCUGGAGCGUCCCCGUGAGGAGCUGGGACUGGAAGUCGUCACCUAGCAACGUGCAGGAAAAUGGGGUGUGGCCUCCUGCGGAGUGGGAGGAGCUUAUUCAAGUUUACUGAGAGGACACAGACUGCAGAGAUGUGACUGAAAAUUAAAGUAACACUGAAACUACAAUAAAGAAAAACUGAAAAGACACAAA